AUGGCAACCAACGCUAGGCCAACAUACACGAUACCCCACACCAGCUGCGCCCCCCCAAGACACAACACACACUGGCCAGCCCCGCCAACCGCCACACGGACCCGACUUUCCGCUCCGAGUCAGCACCCUCCCUCCGUCCCGCCCACCGACACGCCCGUCGCAGGAGGCGCCCAGCUGCCGGCCCCACCCCCCCAUCUCUCGCCCACCAACACACCCUCCCCCCAACCCACACGCACCCGGCCCAGGCAGCUAACUCGCUCCACGAAUCCCACCACCAACGAACCGCACCAAACAGACCCACACACCCCUAGCAACUCACACUCGGCCGGCCCCCCCCGCGCAACACCGCCCCCGCCCCCAUCGACACGCCCUCUGCCGACCCGACGUGGCGGUACCCUUCCCCCCACCGCUGACGGCCCCCCCCCCGGCCCCCGCGCUCUCCACCAUGGCCCUCACUCGAGUAGCCGACAGCGCCCCGCCUACCAAUCCACGUAG